UGAAUUAAUUUAAGAACAAUUGAGAAAUCGGAGGUGCGGUGAUGGAAGUAACAAGUCCGACGAUGACUUUGGAUGGCGAAGAUGUGGAUUCGCUCUUUGAAGGGAUGAUACUGUUUAACCCUGCCGAAACUGAAGCAGAGCUCCGACAAGAGAAAGACAAUGGUAGUGAUGAUUCUCUUCAAUACGGUCAAAGUGAUACUUGUUCGCAAUCACAGCCCCUUGACGAGAAUCUAUUCUCUGACCUCACACUUGUGGUCGAUCCCCUCCAAAACAUAGAAGUAGGUGAAGUCGAGCACGAUCUCCAAUCUCAGCAGGCAUCUAUAUCUGCUACCGCUCCAACUUCCUCGAUACAGGGACAGGGUCAAGCCCCCAGAAGGAGAAAACGAUCUGGCUUGAGGAUUGGAUACGGUAGGGACGUACUUUUUUCCAACGAUCUGCCUCAAACACCUAUUUCUGAUGGUGGCAGCCUAGGGGAUGCUGCUAUUGGGGUCCGGGACACCCUUCCCUCCAUUACCCCUGCCACUGACGAUGCUGAUGCUGAUGCUGCUACUGUUACCCAACCAUCUACUGAAUCCUCCUCCAAAUCAAAGAAUGAGAAUCGGAAACAGAAAGACGAUUCAGCCUUUUCUGAGGCAGAGUUUCGGCAAAUUAAGGCCAGCAUACAUGAGAAGCUUAACCAUGCCAGUCAACAGGUAAAAUCUGCUUCUUCUGCCCGAAAGGAUUCCAUCAGGAAUAGAAGAAAAACUGCUGAGAAUGCCAAUCUUGCCUCCGUCAAACACUUGGAGCUUGAAAAGCAGUUGGAGGAAGCCUGCGAAGCUGAAGAUUUCGAGAGGGCUGAAAAGGUUAGCGAAAACCUUUCUGCUGCCGAGAAGGAGAAACAAGCUUUCACCAAUUCAUUGAGAGAAGCGGAUGCCUUUGUCGAUGCUUUAGAUUUAAAAUUGCAGCAUGCCCUUGACUCUCAGUUAGCUGCAUUGGAACAAUGCGCAAUCUUACUUGACAAUUAUGCAACGAAUGCUUUAAAUAAUGCAAAUUCUGCCAUCAAGAAAGCAACAUCAGUGUAUUCACAAGAAAUAGACCAAUGGCUUUCAUCAUCCGAAGCCUUGGAGGUUAAAAAGAUGGAGUUGGAGAUUGAAUCACAUUUUAUGAAUGAAGCUCGUUUAGAAUUGAAUAAUACCAUUGAAGAUUCAAUCCAGGAUGACAAAAGAGAAAAAGAGUUCCUUUGUAAAAGAAAGGAUGUGUUAAUGGGUGAAUUGGAACAACUUCUUGCUUUAGUUAAACAGAAAGAAAAGGAGAUAGCAGACAACAACUCUAAUUUAGAAGCUGUAGAGAAUAAGAUAAAUAAAACUGUCUCUGGAUUUAAGGAGAUGCAGUCAAGCAUUGAUGCCAAGUAUGGCAAAUUGCAAUCUGUCCUUGCUCAAGUGAAAUUAGGUACUGAAACUUUGUCUCUAAAGAAGGAGGAAAUUGAUAACUUUCUCAUUAAGGAAGAAGAAAUGAGAGCAAGACUUGAGGAAUUUGCUAGGAUUUCUACAGAAGAAGCUGAAGGAUACCGUGAAAUAGUUAAACUGAGAAGAAGUUUGAUGUCGUCUAUAUUGAAGUCCAGGGAGGACAAACUGACACUUGCCAAAAAUGAGGAAAAGCUUUAUGGAGAUGUGAAAUUGUUUCAACAGGCAGUUUCUGAUGCAAGAGCUUCGUUGCAGGAACUAUCUUCAAGAAAGUCAAGCAUCCAGCAAGAUAUAGCAUCCUUCAAGCAGAGGAUUAUUUUCAUAGAUAAAAGAGUCCCAGAACUAGAAGCGGAAAAGAAAGUUGCUACUGCUGCAAGAAAUUUCAAGGAAGCUGCACGAAUAGCUAUGGAGGCAAAGUCACUAUGUGUUGAGAAAGAGAGCAUCCAGAUAGGCAUGGAUACAGCUACAUCAAAUCUAGAGAAGCUUGAAGAAGAAAUCAAAGACAUCCUUAACAAAUUACAGGAGACUGAGGGAAUGAUUUUAUUGAAGGAAAAAGAGUUGGCAAUGGUUGGAUACCAGAGGCUACUUUUGACAGCUGCUACUGCUAGAGCUGAAAAAGCUGCCGCACUAGAAAUGGGUGACAUGGAAGAAGCUAACCUCCUACUUGCUGAAGCUGAGGCGGCAGACUGUGAAGCUGAGAAACUUCAAUUAACAUACAAAUUUGAGGCGGAAGACUUAACUGAUUUACAAAGACAUUUAAUUUCAAUGGAUCUUGUAUCGUAUCUUGAUCAGAAGCAGUUGGAAGAAUUAGCUGUGUCACUUCAUCUAUUUACUGGCUGAUUGUUGAAACAAGAUUUCAAUAGAUUUGGUGAUUAAUAUAGUACCAGAAAUACUGAAGUACAACAUGAAUGCCCAACCGUUGGAAUACCAUGUCUUUACUCUUCACGCUCUCUACAUUUUAAAGAUAACUGAGUAUGAGAUUUGUGCAAUUUUCUCUUCUUUUUUUCUUUCAAUUUUUGAGGGCUUCUAUCCAAAAUCCCGACCAAAAAUAUAAUGGAAGAACUCAGAGCAAGAAAAAGUGAUAUAAGCAACUUUGCUUGUGAGGAUUGUAUUUAUUUUCAAUAGUAGAUCGCAUGAGUGCAUGUUUGGUUUUGUAGUGGAAACAUGGUGAACCACAUUCAUUCUAGUCAAAGCAAGGUGUUGGUUUUCAAAAUAAAAUUACUUUCAAUUGAGAAAAAGCAAGGUGGGGUUGAAGUAA